AUGGAUUCCCCCAAGGAUUCUGAUGGCAACCCAGACUUUGAUGCGUUCCCCUACUCUUUCAGUGUAGAUGCGGCGGAGAAUGAAACUGAGGUUUCCAAGCUAAUGAAAUCCAGCUGCCAAAACUUCACCGACGAUUUCUACAUCCUUGAGGGUAUUUCUACUCUGGUCUUGCAGAAGGUGGAUGGGCGAGGUGAUCUUGUGAACGGGACUGAAAUAACUGUCAUGAUCCAAGAAUACAACCCCAUUAAGGUUGGGAACACAGAGGUUGCAUGGUUUGAUUUCCAAGUGAACUGUGACUGCAUUGGGGCUGACCCAAGCAUGGCUCCAGCCUCCUUACCGACUGUAGAACAACCAACAACAGACCACCCAAGUGCAAAUCCACCCAACAGACUCCCAACAACAUCCCCAACAUUGCAACCGUCCCAAAUAUCAACUUCUGGACCCAGCUUUGCUCCAGCUGCUAGUGACCAACCAAGUACGCACGAAGGUCCCGAAGUUUGUAUCGAGGCAAUCAAUGGCAGCCACAGAGAAUGUCAUGGGUUUAUGACAGAUGAAGGCAAGUUUGUUGGUAACAUGUGCCUUGAAGUUGGUUUGCAGUCUACUGGCAUUGUGGUCAGGUUUGAAACUGUUGGGAAUUGGCGUAUCGUAGGUCAGCACAUGUGGGUUGGAAGCAAUGUGGUGAACAUGCCUAGGACCGAAGAUGGCAGUCCCAAUGUUGAAGCAUUCCCUUACAACUGGAGUGACAAGAAGGGUCAAACUGGUGUCACUCAGCUCCUCACACCCAGGUGUGAAAGCGGCACAAACAAACGGUAUUCGGAACAAGGUGUGGUCCAACUGGAGCUUCGUCAAGUGGAUGAUGCAGGAGAUGUGAUUGCAAGUGCAGGGAGUAGCGCCUUUGUUGAACAAUACAGCACAUUGGGCAAUGUCAGCAGUCCUUUUGGAUGGUUCGAGUUUCAUGUGAACUGCCAUUGCGCAGACAAGAUGACGUCAGCCCCAUCAGCAACUGGCGGGCCUUCAGUGGCCCCUCAGCCGGGGCCAAGCUCGGCACCAAUCACGACCUCAGCUCCUAUCAGUUCUCCCACAGCUUCGGGAACUCCAACCAGUGCACCCCAGCGACAGCCAAGUUCCGUUGUGGAGCCCACAUCUUCUGGGAUUCCUACCAGCGGACAGCCCACUAUUGUUGGUGUACCAUCAUCCACUACAUUCCCAAAUGUCAAUCCUCCUGUGACAGCCCCAUCAGCAACUCGUGGGCCUUCAGUGGCCCCUCAGCCGGGGCCAAGCUCGGCGCCCACGCGACAUCAGCUCCCAACACUUCUCCCACAGCUUCGGGAACUCCAACCAGUGCACCCCUGCGACAUCCAAGUUCCGUUGUGGAGCCCACAUCUUCUGGGAGUCCUACCAGCGACAGCCCACUAUUGUGGUGUACCCAUCCAUACAUCUCCGAAUGUCAAUCCUCCUGUGACAUCCCCAUCAGCAACUGGCGGGCCUUCAGUGGCCCCUCAGCCGGGGCCAAGCUCGGCACCAAUCACGACCUCAGCUCCUAUCAGUUCUCCCACAGCUUCUGGAACUCCAACCAGUGCACCCCAGCGACAGCCAAGUUCCGUUGUGGCACCCACAAUUUCAUCGAGACCGAGUCCUCUUUUACCAAGCAGUCAACCAAUUCCAGGUGAUGUCAACGAAAACCAAACAUCUGUGCCAUCACCAUCAGGUACUUCCUACUCUCCCACAUUGAAGCCUUCGAGGCAUUGUGAGGAUGGUCUCUGCCGGGAGUGCUAUGAUAUUUUUGACCAUGAUGGGGUCAAUGUUGGUUUUAUGUCAUUGGACACUGGCAUCCACCCCUAUGCACCUAUUGGCAAUGAAACUAACGGUUUCGUUGAAAGGCGGCGCAUGUCUGGUAGUUUGCACACAGAGGAGACUUCGCCAGGGAUCCGUUUGCUUGUUGAAGUUGUUGGUAACUGGCGUGUUGUGGGUCAGCAGAUGUGGCUUGGGCUAGACAUGAUGGAUUCCCCCAAGGAUUCUGAUGGCAACCCAGACUUUGAUGCGUUCCCCUACUCUUUCAGUGUAGAUGUGGCGGAGAAUGAAACUGAGGUUUCCAAGCUAAUGAAAUCCAGCUGCCAAAACUUCACCGACGAUUUCUACAUCCUUGAGGGUAUUUCUACUCUGGUCUUGCAGAAGGUGGAUGGGCGAGGUGAUCUUGUGAACGGGACUGAAAUAACUGUCAUGAUCCAAGAAUACAACCCCAUUAAGGUUGGGAACACAGAGGUUGCAUGGUUUGAUUUCCAAGUGAACUGUGACUGCAUUGGGGCUGACCCAAGCAUGGCUCCAGCCUCCUUACCAACUGUAGAACAACCAACAACAGACCACCCAAGUGCAAAUCCACCCAACAGACUCCCAACAACAUCCCCAACAUUGCAACCGUCCCAAAUAUCAACUUCUGGACCCAGCUUUGCUCCAGCUGCUAGUGACCAACCAAGUACGCACGAAGGUCCCGAAGUUUGUAUCGAGGCAAUCAAUGGCAGUCACAGAGAAUGCCAUGGGUUUAUGGCAGGUGAAGGCAAGCUUGUUGGUAACAUGUGCCUUGAAGUUGGUUUGCAGUCUACUGGCAUUGAGGUCAGGUUUGAAACUGUUGGGAAUUGGCGUAUCGUAGGUCAGCACAUGUGGGUUGGAAGCAAUGUUGUGAACAUGCCUAGGACCGAAGAUGGCAGUCCCAAUUUUGAAUCAUUCCCUUACAACUGGAGUGACAAGAAGGGCCAAUCUGUAGUCAGCCAAUUGGUCACUACAAGAUGCACUGGUGACAUGGACAGCACUUACUCAGAGGAGGGCAUGGUUCAGCUGGAGCUUCUGCAGGUUGACGCAGAAGGUGUAGCUGUUUCUGAUUCACCAACAACUGUCUUUGUUCAAGAGUACACAUCAGUGGCUGGUGCACUGGGCCCUUUUGGGUGGUUUGACUUUCAGGUGAACUGCAAUUGCACUGAUAAUGUGCCAAGCCAGGCUCCCUCGGUAACUGGUGGUCCAAGCACAACUCACUCUCCAACAGGCUCCCCAACUACAUCCCUGACGGACGUCCCGACAGGCUCCCCAACUACAUCCACAUCAGGCUACCCAUCAGGACAUUCAACAGGCUACCCCACUUCGACCCCAACAGCAUAUCCAACCGGACAUCCAACGGGCUACCAAACAGGCUACCCCACUUCGUCCCCAACAUCAUAUCCAACCGGACAUCCAACGAUCUACCCAACAGGCUACCCUACUUCGUCCCCAACAGCAUAUCCAACAGGACAUCCAACGGGCUACCCAACAGCAUCUCCAACAGACCACACCACUUUGUCCCCAACAGGAUUCCCAACUGCAUCGCCAACAGGGAAGCCAUCCAUAGUAUCAACCGCUGAGCCAAGUUUGCCUAGCAGUCUUCCUCCAACUCCCCAUGUUCCCAGCAUUUGCAUCAUGACAAGGGAUGGGAGCCACAAAGAAUGCCAUGAGGUUCUGUCAGAGAAAGGAGCUGUUGUAGGCAACAUGUGCCUUGAAGUUGGUUUGCAGUCUACUGGCAUUGAGGUCAGGUUUGAAACUGUUGGGAAUUGGCGUAUCGUUGGUGAGCACAUGUGGGUUGGAAGCAAUGUGGUGAACAUGCCAAGGACCAAAGACGGCAGUCCCAAUGUUGAAGCAUUCCCUUACCACUGGAGUGACAAGAAGGGCCAAUCUGUAGUCAGCCAAUUGCUCACUACAAGAUGCACUCGUGACAUGGACAGCACUUACUCAGAGGAGGGCAUGGUUCAGCUAGAGCUUCUGCAGGUUGACGCAGAAGGUGUAGCUGUUUCUGAUUCACCAACAACUGUCUUUGUUCAAGAGUACUCAUCAGCGGCUGGUGCACUGGGCCCUUUUGGGUGGUUUGACUUUCAGGUGAACUGCAAUUGCACUGAUAAUGUGCCAACCCAGGCUCCCUUGGUAACUGGUGGUCCAAGCACAACUCACUCUCCAACAGGGUCCCCAACUACAUCCCUGUCGGGACGUCCGACAGGCUCCCCAACUACAUCCACAUCAGGCUACCCAUCAGGACAUUCAACAGGCUACCCCACUUCGACCCCAACAGCAUAUCCAACCGGACAUCCAACGGGCUACCCAACAGGCUACCCCACUUCGUCCCCAACAUCAUAUCCAACCGGACAUCCAACAGGCUACCCAACAGGCUACCCUACUUCGUCCCCAACAGCAUAUCCAACAGGACAUCCAACGGGCUACCCAACAGCAUCUCCAACAGACCACACCACUUUGUCCCCAACAGGAUUCCCAACUGCAUCGCCAACAGGGAAGCCAUCCAUAGUAUCAACCGCUGAGCCAAGUUUGCCUAGCAGCCUUCCUCCAACUCCCCAUGUUCCCAGCAUUUGCAUCAUGACAAGGGAUGGGAGCCACAAAGAAUGCCAUGAGGUUCUGUCAGAGAAAGGAGCUGUUGUAGGCAACAUGUGCCUUGAAGUUGGUUUGCAGUCUACUGGCAUUGAGGUCAGGUUUGAAACUGUUGGGAAUUGGCGUAUCGUUGGUGAGCACAUGUGGGUUGGAAGCAAUGUGGUGAACAUGCCAAGGACCGAAGACGGCAGUCCCAAUGUUGAAGCAUUCCCUUACCACUGGAGUGACAAGAAGGGCCAAUCUGUAGUCAGCCAAUUGCUCACUACAAGAUGCACUGGUGACAUGGACAGCACUUACUCAGAGGAGGGCAUGGUUCAGCUGGAGCUUCUGCAGGUUGACGCAGAAGGUGUAGCUGUUUCUGAUUCACCAACAACUGUCUUUGUUCAAGAGUACACAUCAGUGGCUGGUGCACUGGGCCCUUUUGGGUGGUUUGACUUUCAGGUGAACUGCAAUUGCGCUGAUAAUGUGCCAAGCCAGGCUCCCUCGGUAACUGGUGGUCCAAGCACAACUCACUCUCCAACAGGCUCCCCAACUACAUCCCUAUCGGACGUCCCGACAGGCUCCCCAACUACAUCCACAUCAGGCUACCCAUCUGGACAUUCAACAGGCUACCCCACUUCGACCCCAACAGCAUAUCCAACCGGACAUCCAACGGGCUACCCAACAGGCUACCCCACUUCGUCCCAACACAUAUCCAACGGACAUCCAACGAGCUACCCAACAGGCUACCCUACUUCGUCCCCAACAGCAUAUCCAACAGGACAUCCAAGCGGCUACCCAACAGCAUCCAACAGACCACACCACUUUGUCCCCAACAGGAUUCCCAACUGCAUCGCCAACAGGGAAGCCAUCCAUAGUAUCAACCGCUGA